CCGCGCGUCGCGGACUGCGGCGGUAACGCAGUAGCGCGGGGAAUUUCGAGUGGCAGUGGAGCGCGGGAGGUCAGUGGGCAGUGGAGCCCCCAGGAGUAGCCAUGAACUCUCUAGUCGAACCUCGGUGGCCUCCGGGCCUGGAAGUCUUGAAGACAGUAGACGAUUUGCUGCGGUGCGGAAUUUGCUUUGAAUAUUUCAACAUCGCCAUGAUGAUCCCUCAGUGCUCACAUAACUACUGUUCUCUCUGUAUAAGAAAAUUUUUGUCCUAUAAAACACAGUGUCCAACUUGUCGUGUGACAGUCACAGAGCCAGACCUGAAAAAUAACCGCGUGUUAGAUGAACUGGUAAAAAGCUUGAAUUUUGCACGGAAUCAUUUAUUGCAGUUUGCCUUAGAGUCACCACCCAUUUCUCCUGCUUCCUCCUCUUCAAAGAACCUUGCUGCCAAAGUACACACUCCUGUAGCCUUUAGACAUUCUUUAAAGCAAGGAAGCAGGUUAAUGGAGAAUUUCUUGAUUAAAGAAGCUGGUGGUUCUACAUCGAAGUUGUCGAUGAACAAGAGUGAAAGCAAAUUCAGCCCUCAAAAAGUGGUGAGCACUUCUGCAAAGGCCAAUGAGACACCUUCCUUGGGAAAGAGAGUUUCAGGCACCUCGGAUGCUAAUGUUCCUGAGUCACCCUCUACGUCGACUUUGAGACACGUUACUAAAGUGGAUUGUCCUGUUUGUGGGGUUCAUAUUCUGGAAGAUCAUAUUAAUAAGCACUUGGACAACUGUUUAUCGCGUGAAGAAAAGAAGGAAAGCCUCAGAAGUUCUGUUGAGAAAAGGAAGCCGCUGCCCAAAACUGUAUAUAACUUGCUAUCAGAUCGCGAUUUAAAGAAAAAGCUAAAAGAACAUGGAUUAUCUAUUCAAGGAAAUAAACAACAGCUCAUUAAAAGGCAUCAAGAAUUUGUACACAUGUACAAUGCUCAGUGUGAUGCUCUGCAUCCUAAAUCAGCUGCUGAAAUAGUUCAAGAAAUUGAAAAUAUGGAGAAGACUAGGAUGCGUCUUGAAGCUAGUAAACUCAAUGAAAAUAUAAUGGUUUUUACGAAGGAUCAAACAGAAAAGGAAAUAGAUGAAAUUCACAGUAAAUAUCGUAAAAAACAUCAGAAUGAAUUUCAGCUUCUGGUGGAUCAGGCCAAAAAAGGAUAUAAGAAAACUAUUGAAAUGUCAAAAAAAAAAGUAACCAAAAAAGAAGAUGAAUCUACAGAAACACUAUUCUCUGUAUGCAUGGAACAGGAAGAUAAUAAAAGGAAAUUCUCAGAGAUGCCCUUGGUAAUAAACCACUUCUCUCAGUCAAAACUGGACUCCCCAGGGACCUUAGAGCCCGAUACACCUGAUGAUUGUUCCAGUUGUACGGACAUUCAGGAAGACCAUCUGUCUUCAUCAGAAUCAGAUUCAUGCAAUAGUUCCAGUUCAGACAUCAUAAGAGAUAUUCUGGAAGAAGAGGAAGCCUGGGAAGCAUCACAUAAAGACGAUCUUCAACAAGACACAGAAAUAAGUCCAAGGCAGAAUCGUCGCACACGGUCAGAAAGUGCCGAGAUGGAGCCGAGAAACAAGCGGAAUAAGAAUUAGCGUGGGCUCUGGCUGACUUUUCCAGUCAGAAUGUGGCACUUUUUGCUGCCGUAUAGAUUUCAUACUCAUAAGUGCCCAAGUAAAGGUGUUCAAUUCUAAAAACUAUUUUUAACCGAUUUUUCAUUCUUUUCUGCCUUUCUGGGAAAGAAGUAGUUAUAAAACAUCCUCACUUGGUUAGUUACCUUCUGCCUCUAGAACAUCGCUCUCUAAAAAUACUAACCUCACGUGUUCACCAGCUUUGCAGAGUACACAGACUUUGGCAAAGGUGUUUUGUUUGGCUUUGGUUAUAAAUUUAAGAAUGUCCUUAAGCCAUUCUCCUUCUCUUCCAUGGAGAAACCAGCCUCAGAAAAGGAUUCUCCAACCUUUCUACCACAUGGAGCAGUUGAGUUAAGGCCUCUGUUUUUAGAAAGACAUGAUGUCAUAACUCAUCCUUAGUGUGGGAAGCUCCCGAUGCCUGGACGCCAGUGUGCACCUUACAGCAGCUACAUAUGGUCAUUGCCCAAGUUUAAGGCAGUUAUUUGUCAGACCCGUGUCCAGCACGUUACUCGGAUGUUAAUAUUGUAAUGUGAAGUCACAAACAAUAAAUUUAAAACAUGCGGGCUUAGUCUUCAGAGAUGGCACUGAAAAAUGAUUAUUGUUAGUUUUUCUUUUCACUUGGAUGAAUUGAAAUUUUAACACUUUGAAUCCCAGCUAUUAAAAAGAAUGUGCAAUAAAUGGAUUUUGUAAAUGAAUAGACUCUAUAUCAAUUUAAAAUCAUGUGCUUGAAACAGAAUCUUGUGAAUGAAUAGCUGAGUAUAAGCUACAAGUUAUUGGAAGGGGUUGGUUAGAAAUGACCUCUGUGCAAAGUGCCCACCCACUCCCAGUUCCUUCCAGAGCUCCUGAUGCCUCUCUUCAGCUUUUGAGUCAGGCUUCACCACCGCCCCCACCGCGCCCACCACCCAACCCAAACACGUCAGCUUUCCAACAACGUGAUAGUGAGUGUGGCGAUGUUGGGACGACAGAUUUAAGAAUGUUGCGGGAUGUUUGUGACUUUGGCUUUCCGGAGAAUGUCUCCAUUGACUGGCAUUUUGGUAUGCUCUUAGAGUUUCUGGAUAAUGUAUGGAGUCUCAUUAUGACUUAGAGUGAAGACACUUAAGUGCCCAUUUGUUUUCUUUAUGAGUUCUCUGAACUUCAAAUGGUUAUAUAAGUAUUUGUCAUAGCCAUUUUAUCUAAAAUCACGAGUGGUUCACGAGGGAAACUGCAAGCUGCCGUGCUCACUGAGCGUGUCACAGGACCCAGUGUGCUGUGAGUGAGCCAUGGCUGACAACAUGGGGUUUAACACUGGUGUGAUAUUUACAGCUGGGCUGCCAGAAGUUAUGCUAAAAUGAAAACUGCUUGAUUCUGAAAAGUACACAGUCUGUUAAACAGGAAGUAAUUACUACUUUAAUUGCAGCAAAAGGAGUUUGCAAGGGAGCAGGGAGACCCAAGACAGGGAGCCCGGCAAGUGAAUUCAUUCAGGUAGUACUUGGUUAUGUGCUUUGGUUAGGGAGCAGUCACCAUGGUGAGCACCGACAGUGCCAAGCGGACCAGAGGCCAUCUGAACCCGUGUUCCUCAGUGGGGUGGGGAGAGGAGAUUUUUCUUCUCGGGACAUUUGGCAGUGUGGAGGCAUUUUGGCUGUCACAACUGUGGGGUUAGGGGGUUGCCACUGAUCUAUCAGUGGGUAGAAGGCCAGGGAUGCUGCUAAAUAUCCUGUAACACACAGGUCGACCCUCAUGGAGUGUUUGCUGGGCUGCUGUAACCAAGUGUCCCCGACUGAGUGGCUCAAUCAAAUUUUUUUCCCUCACAGUCCUAGAGAAUAGCAGCCCAAGAUCAAGUUGUCAGUGGGGUUGGUUUCUUCUGAGGGCUCUCCCCUGGGCUUACAGAUGGCUGCCCUCUCACGUGGUCAUCUUUGUUCUCACAUCGGUGUCCUGAUCCCCUCUUAAAGGAAACCAAUCAUACUUGAUCGGGGCUGAUCCAUAUGGCCUCAUUUUACCCUGGUUACCACUUUAAAAACCUCACCUCCAAAUGCAUUCUAUCUGAGGCACUGGAGGUUAGAACUUCAAUAACAAGACAUUUCGGUGUCUUUAAUUUGAGUGGCAUUUUGGGACCCAUAAUACUCCACAAUAAAGAAUCAUUCAGUUCAUAAUACAAUUGUGCCUGUAUACAAUGGAAUAUUACUUGGCCAUUAAAAAGGACAAAAUCUUACCAUUUGUGACAACAUGGAUGGACCUAGAAGGUAUUAUGCUAAAUGAAGUAAGUCAGAAAGACAAAUGAUUUCAUGUAUAUGUGGAGUCUAAAGAACAAAAUAAACUAACAGACUCAUGGAUACAGAGGACAGACUGAGGGUUGCUAGAGAGGAUGGCUUGGUGAAAAGAUGAAGGGAUUAAGAAAUACAAGUCGGUAGUUACAAAACUGGGAGGAUGUAAAGUACAGCAUAAAGAAUGUAGUCGAUCAUGUAAUAAUUACGUAUGGUGCCGGGUGCAUACUUGAAUUAUCGGGGGGAUUACUUUGUAAGUUACAUAAUUGUCUAACCAGCAUGCCGUUAUGUCUGAAAUUAAUAUAAAGUAAUAUUGAAUAUCAACUUUAAUAAAGAUUUUUUAUAAAAGAA